CCAGCAAACGGCAUGCGGCACAAUUUCAAUUGUUUUUUUUAAUUGUUUACAUUUGUUUCUAAAAUAAUAUAAUUGCAAAAUAUCGUUUGUCAUGGCCUACAACAAUAAGGGCAAGCGCAAGGUGCUGACGCAGCGUCACGUAUGCUCCAGAAUGAACUUCCUAUACCAGGCGGCCAAUCUAAUGGCGCACAACAACAACAAUACGCUGGCCGCCUACUACGGCAAGCUUUGCCGGAACGUGGGCACCAAAGCGCUGAUGCACAUGUCGCCGGCCUUGAAGCGCACACUGUGCAAACGCUGUUCUCUGCCGCUGCUUCCAGGCGUCAACACGAUGCUGCAACUAGACGAACAGCAGCAGAAAGAGCAGCAGCAGCAGGAGCAGCAUGAAGAACCCAUGCAAGCAGAGACUCUAGAGAAGACCAGCGAUAGACCCAACAAGCGACGCAGCCGCCGUUUGCGUGGUAAGCGCCAAAAAGAUCUAAAUGCGGUGUCCAGCGCAAUCUUGGACGACAAUGGCCAGUUAUAUCUGGAGUGCAGCUUGUGCCGGGCGAAGCGUCGCUUCCGCCUCGACACAAAAAACGAAUGCUGGCUGGAGCGUUCCGAUGCGAUCGUGCAGACUGUAAGUUUGGACCAAGAAGCAGGCGAGGAAGAACGAGGCGAGUUGAGAUAAGAAGAGACCCGAACAUUUGGAUGGCUUAUCACAGGGCACGUGCGAUCGCGCUCACUGAUAACCGGAGUGGAUUAUCAGCCAUCGGCUGUUCGCCUUUCUAUUCUAU